GUUAACGCUAUAUCGCUAAGGUAACGCGGAGCCGGAAGUCUGCUCUGGUCGUGUCUUCCGGUUGAGUACAAUGUCCGCGCAGGAGAUUCAAGAGUAUUUUAAAACCAAUAAUAAGACCCGAGAGUUCUCGGCGCACAGUGCAAAGGUUCAUUCGGUUGCUUGGAGUUGCGAUGGGAGGCGACUGGCAUCGGGAUCCUUCGACAAGACCGCGAGCGUGUUUGUCCUAGAGAAGGACCGGCUGACCAAAGAAAAUAACUACCGUGGGCAUGGGGACAGUGUAGACCAACUCUGCUGGCAUCCUUACAAUCCAGACUUGUUUGUCACCGCAUCUGGAGAUAAGACCAUACGCAUUUGGGAUGUUAGAAAUGGAAAAUGCAUCUCAACUAUUAGUACUAAGGGGGAAAAUAUUAACAUCUGCUGGAGCCCAGAUGGACAGACAAUUGCAGUGGGCAACAAAGAUGACGUGGUCACCUUCAUAGAUGCAAAAACUCACCGUGUAAAAGGAGAAGAGCAGUUCAAGUUUGAGGUCAAUGAAAUCUCCUGGAACAAUGACAAUAAUAUGUUCUUUCUCACUAAUGGGAUUGGCUGCAUCAGCAUUCUGAGUUACCCUGAGCUGAAGCCUAUACAAUCAAUCAAUGCUCAUCCUUCCAAUUGCAUCUGCAUAAAGUUUGACCCCACAGGAAAGUAUUUUGCCACAGGCAGUGCGGAUGCUUUGGUCAGUCUUUGGGAUGUAGAUGAGCUGGUGUGUGUUCGCUGUUUCUCCAGAUUGGACUGGCCUGUCAGGACUCUGAGCUUCAGCUAUGAUGGUAAAAUGCUAGCCUCUGCAUCUGAAGAUCAUUUUAUUGACAUUGCACAUGUAGAGACUGGAGAACGGAUUUGUGAAGUCCAGUGUGAGUCUCCUACAUUCACAGUGGCCUGGCAUCCUAAAAAAUAUCUACUAGCUUUUGCCUGUGACGAUAAAGAUGGAAAAUAUGACAACAGCCGUGAAGCAGGGACUGUGAAGCUUUUUGGCUUAUCAAAUGAAUGUUAAGACAAAUAAAUCUGUUUGAAAUUGUUUGGUUGCACCUAUGCAGGUGUUUGAUGGACUUGUAUUUUUGGGCAUUGUGUGCCUGGAAACACACUGUGUGAGCCCAUGGUAGUCGAGAUGCACAAUAUCAUUAGUUCAAGAUGUCUGAAAGUAUUGCCAUCAUGUCAAACCGGAAAGAAACCCAUUGCGGAAUUGUCCUCAUUACAUUUUCUAUUGAACUUUUUUUUUUUUUUUUUUAAAUAAAAGGUCAUUUAAA